AUGACUGCAAAUAACUCUAUCAAGAUUCAACUUCUGUGUGUCCCUGAUUGCCCGUUAGUGGCCAAGGUUCGCAGGACACUCGAGCGUUGUUUGGCAGAAACAAACAUAGAUGCAGAGGUCGAGGUAUUGGUCGGAGAGUAUGCUUCUCCCACCCUCCUCAUUGACGGCGUCGACGUCAAUGGUCAACCACCGGCACCAGAAGGACAAACUGCAUGCAGGCUGGACAACCGCCUUGAUCCUGGUAGUUAG